AUGAUCCGUAUACCGAUAAUGAUGCACUGCAUGGAAAGCCUUCCGCAACAUCUCAGAGUCGUCGCUUUAGCGAUUAUGUUUGGUGCAGGAGUAAUAUCCAACUUGUGGUUACUCAUAUUCAUUAGGUUCUUUACACAUUCUCUUUUCUUUACACAUGCUAUGGUGGCAGUUGUUAUUCUGAUCACUUGUUCGCUGCACAUUUGGUUAGCUCCGCCUAGUAUUCUGAAUACGCUUCUCAAUGCCGAAGCGGAAAUUCUUCAUGAUCAAUUGGUGAAGUGGGUGCCUGAAGAUGACCUGAUUAAUAUAGACGACUUAAUCGACUAUGUCCUCUAUAGAGGCCCUGAAUUCAGUUCACAGAUGAACAGCUUCACACAAAUUUUCGCAAUGGGGCCUUUUCUGCGAAAAGCACUUAUUUGUGCUGCUUUAUUGUGA